AUGGAGGCAUAUCCGCCCGCAUACGUGCAGCACAACCUCCCAUUCAUUGUAUUGUCUGGUCUGGGGUCUCAGACCGAGCUCGAUGCGCCCCCACCUGUCCAUAAUGUGCUCCCAGGAAGGGCUGCCGUCAAGACCAGCUCAGAGAUUCCUCCAGUGACGGGCGAGCGCGCAGACCAGCUGCUGCAAGACUUCUUGAGCGCUGACGCUACCAAUGCGCCAUGGAACGCAAGAGGGCCCAGUCGCAGAGACCUAGCACAUGGGUUCAGGAUACGGGCUGUAGGGAGGGACUAUGUGCUGCCUCCUAAAAAAGCAGACGCACCGACAACCUCAGAAACUACCCCGCCUGGGAGCCCGACCAUCGCUGCGGCAACAUCAUGGAUCCUCCACUCGCCCAUCUCUCCUCUGUCACCAGGAGCCUCGAUCUUUCCGGACGGUGUCAUUGCGCCUUCCUGGGUUGCCAAACACCAAGACUACAUACCUUCUGUAUUUGUGUCCUUUUUCGACUUCACCGCCGACCCUGUCACGAAUAGCCUGCAUGACAACCAGCUGAAGACGGAAAUCAACAAGAUCAAGGGCCAGAUACAGAAGUCCGAGUAUCGCACACGAUACGUGGUCGUGCUCUUGAGCAACAAGACGAUAUUGGAGGCUCCAGACAUUGAGGAGCGGUUGGCCGUCAUUCGACGCGCCACUGGUCUUGAUCCCAAAAACUCGCUGUUCUUCCUUCCACCGAACACGUCCCAAGUCGAAUUACGAGCGUUCGUCACAUCUGUUCUCAACACCUUGCAGCCCGUCUGCAUAGAGUACUAUCGGGACCUCACCAAACAUGCAAGGAGGAAGAAGGGCAGAGGCACCGUACCUCCUCCAACAGCGCCACCGACCCGCGGCACGUCUCAGACGCUGUCUUACCCUGGCUGGGGCGUGCGCUAUGAUUUUAAGCUGGGCGUCUUUGCAGAGUUCAGGCAGGAGAUGGAUGCUGCACAGAGACAUUACAGUGCUGCACUUGCUGCUCUCUUCGGUUCAGAGGGUAUCUUCGAGACGACAGCAAGCUGGUCAUCUAGGUGGGACGAGAUUCGCCUGUUGGCCGAUACGAUUGCCUUUCGACACAUCCGUUGUCAGCUGUGGAAUUACCAACUGACUUCUGCAGCCCAGACGUGGCUGAGAUACAAAGCUAGGCUCCAGGACGUCCUCGAUCGCAGAAGUAAAGGAACCUCGAACUACGCGUGGCAGGCUUGGGAGUCGAGGUGGGCCCAGCUGAUGGCCGAGCUCAUUCAGCGAACAGAGCUGCCAGUCUUCGGUGCACAUGGCGAUGCUUCAGAUGAAGAGACUGGCUUGAUCUAUGCGCCACCUGAGAAACAAUUCCUCAUGGGCGAAAGGUUACCACCCUGGGAGUUGCUUCAUCAUGCAGGAUAUUGGCACAAACUUUCUGCGGAUCACGCAAAGAGGCGAUACAUCUUAGCUCGCGAAAUGCCUGACGAAGACCGAACACCUCCUGGUGUGUCGCCUGCGACAAAAGUGUCGAAUCGAAACCAGGUAUAUGAUCACUACCUGGUUCCACAACCUCACGAAGAGCUCCCUCUACCAGGCAGUGAUGGUGAAGGUUUCCAACACUGGAAUGACAUCUCCACCAAACUUAACGCUGCCGUAAAAGAGUUCAAAGCUCGAGGACAACAUCGCAAGGUAGAACAGCUGCGAUUAGAGGCUGCUAGGACUCUACUGCACGUGAAGAAGUUCGAUGAGGCGUUCAAGGUUCUGCGACCGCUGUGGGUCUCGAUGUCUUGGAGGAAAGAAGGUUGGUGGAGCCUCGCCUCAGAGGUGCUUUGGGCUCUCCAUGAGUGCGCACUACGCGUUCAGGAUCAAGAAACAUACGUCGCCACAGAGUGGGAGCUCUACAACCAAGCUGUGACCGGAAAGACUCGAUACAAGUAUGACUUGCUGUCAUGCUUGGACGUAUUCCUGGAGGAGGCCUCUUCAGAGAAGGUCACGGUCAGUCUCGAUACCAAAAAUCAUCUCUCAUGCUUGUCUAUACACCUCGCUCUUCUUGGCAGCGAAGGCAAUGUAGGGGAACCUCUUCGAUCGCAGAUUGUAGUCACUUCGACAGCACGACCGGAUUCUGCUCCUAUCACAUUGUCUUCUCUGUACGUGCAGUUCAAGGGCGGCUUGAGCGAGGUACGUUUGACUCACGAGGCCGACGAGAAUACCUCGUCUAGUUUCUUCGACUGCAUAUUACAAGAGAGCGUUGCGCUGCCAGAGAAGCCAAAGUGGACUGGCGCAUCAGACCUGACGUUGCAUCCUGGCCAGACUAAGGUGUACAACUUCCCACUCGUCUUUCGCGAAGCAGGCGAUGUCGAGGCAACAGCUUAUGUUCUCGAGAUUGAUACAGAACGCUUCGGUCUGGUCUGCUCGAAUACCGACCUUCAGACCGAGCCUGAUUCGACAUGGUGGAUCAAAGCCGAAUCCGGAGUCAGACCACGCAAAGUGAAACGGCUGUCUGGCAUCACUACACACAUCUUGCCGAAACCACCCAAGAUGGAGAUCAGAUUACCAGAUGUACGCGAACAGUACUUCACCGAUGAGCCUGUCACGUUGGCGAUAGAGAUUUCCAAUCAGGAAGAAGAAGAAACAGAAGCUGUACUCGAAGUCCGUCUGCUGGGUCGCUCCAAGGACACCCUCGCAUACACCUGGGUCGAUCGUCCUGCAUCUUCACCUAUGAAGGAGGUCCCGCCAGCACUGGAUGGCUCAACAGACGUUGAUCUGCCCGGCCAUGUUGUUGGGAGACUUCCGCAGGGCGCCAGAACAACAGAGAAGAUACGCUUCACUGCGCCUGCCGAUCCAGCAGAUUAUGCUCUAGAGGUCAAAGUCCUCUAUCAUCUGCUCAGCGAUCGCGACAUUCCCAUAUCCAAGAUUAUGAUCGCUGAUCUUGUCUUCAACUCCCCUUUCGAAGCCAGCUACGACCUCAACGCUCGAGUCCACCCCGAUCCCUGGCCCAGCUACUUCGAGUUGGAAGAAGCUGAGAGCAACAACAACCCCGACUCCACAGACGCCUUCGGCAUCGCCCAAAAGUGGGGCCUGCGGGCCAAGGUUGCUGCCUUUGCUGACGAACAGCUCAUCCUCAAAGACCUCGCCAUCGAAGUGCACAGUAUCCAUGGCGGCGCAACAUGUGGUGUUGUCAAGGAGUUCUCGCCUACCGACACAGCGAUGAACCUCCAAGAGCUACACGAAUGGUCCUUCAGCCUCGACAUACGCAAGAACAACCUCGAAGAGCGCCGCUCGACAGCCCUCGAUACAACACUCAACAUCACGUGGCAGCGCUCUUCAUCUCCAGACACAGAACCGGUCAUUUCCUCUCUGCCCAUCCCUCGCAUACAAAUACCUUCCAGCGAACCCCGCGUCCUCGCUUCUUCGCUCCCUUCCACCACCGUCCCAGACCUCUUCCACCUGGACUACACACUCGAAAACCCCACGAUGCACUUCCUCACCUUCGAGUUCAACAUGGAAGCCAGCGAGGAGUUUGGCUUCAGCGGACCGAAGUUGCGCGUCGUGCAUCUGCUGCCUAUGAGCAGGCAGACUGUGCGCUACAACAUUCUGCCAAUGGCGAAGGGCGCUUGGAUUGUGCCGAACCUGAAGGUUAUUGAUCGAUACUUCAAUAAGACGCUAAGGGUGCAAGCUACUGAGGGUUUGAGGCAAGAUAAGGGGAGGGUGGAGGUUUGGGUGCCUGCUGAGGAUGGAAAGGCAUCACAGGAUUAGUAUAGACGAAGUAACGAUAUAGGCGGACAGAAUUGAAAUGAGGGAAUCUCCUUCUGC